CUUUUAAGAAAUAUCAACCUUAGACUUUUAAAGCUCUGGCUCUUCAAGAGCGGAGUGAAAACUCUUCUAGGUUUUCAAGGGAUUUGAACUCUUCUAGGUUUUUAACUCUUCAAGGUUCAAAGGAAUUAAUCAAUCGAAUGUAUGGCAACCACUCAACCAGCAUGCAAAUAAAGCACCCGGGGGUCCCCCAAAGAAACGUGUAUUUUAUUAACAUGAUUAAGGCGCAUGCACAAUAAGUCAAUAGACACAAUUUGCAUGAAUGCGGUAGAAUUGGGACACUCUAUCUCAGCCAUUAGAUCAUAAUAAUCUCAUAUGGGGCUCAUAAGGUCGUUUUUCUCGUGUGAUUGGGGGGUAUGCAACCAUUAUAAAACAAUGAAAAAGGAUAUGAAAACCAUUGAGAGUUUCGCAGCGGAAACACCAUGGGAAUGGGAGAAGGCGAGCAGCAGGCCAUUGAUGAGCUGAUUGCUUCACUUCCCCAAGAGAAAGUUCCAAGCCUUCCUCCUUGUUGCCUUUUCCAAAACUUUUGGUGCCCGACGUUCUUGCUUCCUAAUGUGGUCGCGUUCCAGAGGCACUUCAAGGCCAAAGACAAGGACCUUGUUGUUGCCUCUGACCUCAAAUCGGGGACCACCUGGCUAAUGGCCAUAGCAUUCUCCAUUGUCAAACGCUCCCGCUUCGACGUCUCAAACACACCCUUGCUCACUUCAAGCCCCCAUGAACUCAUCCCUCGCUUCGAGCUUGACUUGUUCGUGAAUAACCCAAGAUUCGAUCUUGAUGACAUGGAGGAACCGAGGCUCCUCUCUACGCACCUCCCUUAUUCAAGCUUGCCGGAGUGUGUCAUGCGGUCGGACUGCCGGAUCAUUUACAUCUGCCGGAACCCGUUGGACAUCGUGGUUUCCUCUUGGCACUUCUUCCUCCAGUUGGAGCAAUCGGAGGAGUGGUCGGAGGGGUCCUUGUCCUUGGAAGAGCAUUUCGAGAUCUAUUGCCAAGGGAAAAUACCAUUCGGGUCCUUUUGGGAUCACAUGGUGGGGUAUUGGAAGGAGAGCUUGGAGAGGCCACACAAGGUGUUGUUUCUCAAGUAUGAGGACUUGAAGGAAGAUAUCGUAGGACACUUGAAGAAGGUAGCCGAGUUUGUGGGUCUUCCCUUCACUGAGGAGGAAGAGGAGGGAGGUGUGAUUGAAGAGAUAGCCAAAAUGUGUAGCUUCAAGACCCUCAAGGACCUAGAGGUCAACAAAUCCGGCAAAUUACCUGGUAAAACCAUUGAGAAGAGAAGCUUUUUUAGGAAAGGUGAGGUGGGUGAUUGGGUUAACCAUCUCACUCCUUCCAUGGUGGAUCGCCUAAAUAGCAUCAUGCAAGAGAAUUUGAGCCCCUUGGGGUUGGAGUUCAAAUGAUGUUGAGUGUUAAUUACUUGCAGUUGUGUUAUGUGCAUCACUAUAAAUAUAUUAAAAUUAGAUGGAUUUGCAGUCCUCCUUUUUGGUGUA